CUUAAUAAUUUAUAUUGUCAACAAGUAUAAAAAAGCGUUGCUGUCGUGGCGUCACUGGUGUGGCACUGAAUUAUUUUCUUAUUUCAAUUUUUCGUAUGAUUUGAAUUCAAAUCUUCAAUAAAACAUGGCUCAGCAAAAUCAGCAACAAAAUCAUCAACAAAAUCAACUAGUAAUGGAAGUCGAUGAGCCUGUUCCUCAAACGGAACAAUUAAGAAUGGAUCAAACUCGUAAUGACGCCGGUGGUUUCGUCUGGGUUGUCGAUGAUAUGAAACGUUUUCGACGAUUUGUAGUGUUAGGAAGCGAAACACCCACGUAUAACACAGAUGACAGGAAGUUAGGUCGUGAGAAUGCUCAAUCUUUACUACGACUUUUAAAGAAUGGUAGAGGCAUUGAGGUUGUGAAUGAGAUCUUAAAGUACAGUGUUGAAGGCCGUACUGCCAAACUAAAUCCACUUAUAUUGGCGUUUGCAAUCUGUGCACGCCUUGGUGAUUUGAAAACGAAGCAACGUGCUUAUGAGGUCUUGGACCAAAUUUGUCGAAUUCCAACACAUCUAUUUUUGUUUGUUGUUAAUUCAAAGAUUCUAAGUAAACCAGGAAGUGGUUGGGGUAAAGCAUCUCGCAAGGCAAUUAAAAAAUGGUAUACACAAAAAGAAGCAAUCAAAUUGGCGAUGGAUGUUACCAAAUAUCAAAAAUGUGAAGGAUGGUCACAUGCAGAUAUUGCAAGAGUCACACACCCAAUGUCAGACAAACCUUCCAUUCAGUGUGUUCUGAAGUAUGCAGUCCGUGGUUAUGAGGAAAUGAUAGCUUCAUUUCCCAUGUCUCAGGAUAACACUAAUGAACUAGAAACACUAUUGAAUUUCUUCAAAGCUGUUGAAGAAAUAAAAAAGUUAACGACAAAGGAAGAGGACAGAGUUGUAGAACUCAUUGAAGGACAAAAUUUGGUACGAGAACAUGUUCCAACAGGUUGUCUUGGAUCAAUGAAGGUGUGGAAUGCUCUGUUAAAGAAAAUGCCAAUGACUGCAAUGAUGCAUAACUUGAACAAAAUGACGUCCAUUGGCUUGCUUGCUGAAGGAUCACCUCAAGUUAAAAAUGUUUGUGAUAAACUGCAAAAUGAGGAUCUGCUAAGAAAUGCUCGUAUUCAUCCGUUUAAUAUGUUAUUAGCUUUGAAAACGUAUGAGUCAGGGAAAGGUGAGAAAGGUUCUCUAGAAUGGAAAGCCAAUGUGGAAAUCACCAAAGCAUUGGAGAAAGCAUUUUAUUUAUCAUUUAAGAAUGUUGAACCAACAGGAAAAAGUUACAUGCUAGCCAUGGAUGUAAGUGGCUCAAUGCAAGCCAGUGAAUGUAUUGGUGCAAGUACAAUGAAACCUCAUGUGGCUUCUGCUGCAAUGGCUAUGAUGACGGCACGAACAGAAGAACAUCAUGAAUUUGUUGCAUUUAGUCAUGAAAUAGUUCCGAUGAAGAUAUCCAGUAACAUGAAUUUGGAUGAAGUUUUGAAGAUUUGUAAUGAAAUUCCAAUGGGUAGUACAGACUGUGCUCAACCCAUGCUUUAUGCCCUUUACAACAAUUUAAAGAUUGAUGUCUUUAUUGUUUACACUGACUCUGAAACAUAUUAUGGUGAUGUUCAUCCAAGAGAGGCUCUCGCAAAAUAUCGUCACCAUUCAGGGAUUCACAAUGCUAAACUCAUUGUGGUUGCUAUGACAUCAAAUGGUUUCACUAUUGCUGACCCAGAUGAUCCUGGGAUGCUUGAUAUAGUUGGCUUUGACUCUGCUGCACCACAAGUGAUGAGAGAGUUUAUCUUGGGGAAUUUUUAGAUUUUUUUAGUAAACAUCAUUGUAUCUUCUUCACAAAUGCCCUUGUGGCUACUGAUAUAAAAAGAAUCAUUUU